ACUUGUCCAUCUUGUUCGGUUAUUGUGAGAGGAGGAUAAAGUAAAGUUAGCAAAAAGGAAAAGGGUCCCGACAUUUUACACAACCGACUGGUGAACACGGCAGCGUUGGAGAAGAAGUAUCUGGAGAAACUGGUUUAUUUUGCAUGGACGUCUUCAUAAUGAAUUGUGAACUACUAGCAACCUGUAGUGCCCUCGGCUAUCUAGAGGGAGACAUCUACCACAAGGAAUCUGAUUGUUUAGAGAGUGUGAAAGACUUGAUCAGGUAUUUACGCCAUGAGGAUGACACCCGUGAUGUUCGUCAGCAUCUGGGUGCAGGACAGAGUCAGAAGGACCUUUUACCGAUUAUUAUUCAGCAUGGACAGGACAAGUCCUUAUUUGAUGCCUGCAUUAGGCUCAUGGUCAACCUCACUCAGCCUGCCUUGCUUUGUUUUGGUAAAGUCCCUGAUGACCUGGUGUUUAGACACAAUUUUUUGCAAGUGACGUCUCAUUUACAAUCCUAUAAAGAGGCAUUUGCAAGUGAAAAGGUGUUUGAAAUAUUAAGUGAGACUUUGUACAACCUUCUGCAACUGGACUGGGAGCAAAGACAGGAGGAGGACAAUUUGCUGAUAGAGAGGAUUCUUCUGCUGGUUAGAAAUGUGCUUCAUGUUCCUGCAGACCCCUGUGAAGAGAAGAGGGUAGAUGAUGAUGCUAGUAUCCAUGAUAGGCUGCUGUGGGCCAUACACAUGAGCGGUUUUGAUGACCUGAUCAAGUUUUUGGCAUCUGCCCAGAGUGAGCAACAGUGGAGUAUGCAUGUGUUGGAAAUAAUCUCCCUCAUGUUCAGAGACCAGACACCUGAAGUUUUGGUGAGCGCUGGUCAUGCUCGUUCAGCUGAAGAGAAGCAGAGAGACUGUCAGGAGCUGGAGGCACUGAGGCAGAGGGAACAGGCGGCGAAGCGAUCUCGAACAUUUCAAAGAGGAACCAGGCACUCUCGCUUUGGAGGGUCAUAUGUUGUCCAGGGCCUUAAGUCAAUUGGGGACAAAGAUGUGAUCUAUCACAGAAAUAUUCAUAAUUUCAAAAAUUACACUCACGACACUGGAAAAGCUGUGCGACGUGUUCCCAAGAGGAAUCGACAGGCCCAGGAGAGCAAAGACAAACGACGCUCUGCUUUAAAUGUACGACUCUUUCUGCGAGAGUUUUGUGUGGACUUUUUGGAGAACUGCUACAACCACCUCAUGUACCUGGUGAAGGAAAGUCUGAUUCGGGAGCAGACUCAGCAACACGAUGAGACCUACUACCUGUGGGCACUCAGCUUUUUCAUGGCCUUCAACCGUGGCAAUGAUUUCCGUGCUGAUUUGGUGUCUGAGACCAUGUCCAUCCGUGCUUUCCAUUUUAUGGAACGUAAUAUUACCAACUACUAUGAGAUGAUACUCACUGACCGCAAAGAGGCCACCUCCUGGUCCCGCAGGAUGCACCUGGCACUAAAGGCUUACCAGGAACUGCUGCUGACUGUGAAUGAGAUGGACCGCUCACCAGAUGAAAGCAUUCGACAGAGUUCAAAUGUUAUUAAAAGUAACAUAUUUUACCUGAUGGAAUACAGAGAGAUUUUUCUGACCUUGUUGAGAAAGUAUGAUGAAACCCGACAACCUCAGUCCUAUCUCAAAGACUUGGUGGAGACGACUCACCUCUUCUUGCGCAUGUUGGAACGCUUCUGUAAAGGUCGCAAAAACAUGAUGGUUCAGAGAAAGAAAGUGAAACGGAAAAAGCCUCAAGUUGAAAAAAAGACAUCGGCUUCAGAAAUGACUCCAGAGGCACUGGCAGAAACCUGGAAGAUUGUUGAGGAGGAGCUGAGGGCUACAGGGUUUCAGCUGUCAGAGUCUUUAACUGAGAGCAUUGUACCGUUUGAUGCCACAUCUGAAACUCCUCUUGAAGAGCAACGUACUGAGGUGAUGGUUCGGAUUCAGGACACCCUGCUGGCUCGACGGGGACCAGAAGCACUGGGACUGCUGCGGGCUGCCAGGGAGUUAUGGCCAGAAGGAAAUGUGUUUGGUUCAGCUGAUGUGGAACCUGAAGAAGAACUGGAGCUCUUAAAGCAGAUCAUCUACGCUAACCUGCCAAGAUCGUCUCCCCCUGAGCCUGUAGAAGAUGAAGAUGACACAGCAGAAUUCGAAGAAGAAGAGUUGGAGUCCAUUCAGAUUUCUGAGAAGGAGUUCAAAUUCCAAGACUUCAUCAAGAAGUUUGCCAAUCCCACUGUUGUGCGUCCUUAUCUCCUCUUAAUGAAAACCUACUCAAAAAACACACCUCACACAAAUCACUGCAUUGUUCGAAUGCUGCACCGUUUGGGGGUCGACCUCAAGAUGGACGCUCUGCUUUAUCAACUCUCUGUCUUUCACAUCUUCAACAAGAUCCUGUGUGACCCCGCUGCAACUGCAUACAAGGAACUAGUGACCUUUGCCAAGUACGUGCUGAAUCGUUUUUUUUCAGUGGCAGCAAAAAACGACAAGGCGUAUGUUGAACUGCUGUUCUGGAAAAAUGUGGGGGCUGUGCGUGAGAUGACAGAAGGCUAUAGCAAAGACGGAGCGGGAAAGAAACCAGCAUGGACUGAAGAGGAGGAAGAGGAGUUGCGUAGACUGUAUGAGGAGCACUGUCAUUCUGAUGUGCCUGAUAUUGUGGAAACACUGCUGCCAUUACUCAGCAAUAGUAACAGAAAUCGACGCCAGGUAGUGGUGCAGCUGGUGCAUAUGGGUUUGGUGGGAAGCGCAAAGGAACUGAAAAAACCAAAGAAGGGAACCAAUAUUGUUCUCUGGACUGAAGAGCAGGAAGAGGAGCUGCAGAUGCUCUUUGAGGAGUUCAGAGACUCAGACGAUGUGCUUGGAAAUAUCCUGAAGAAAAUUACAGCUAAGCGAUCUCGUGCACGUGUGGUAGACAAGUUGCUCAGUAUGGGCUUAGUGUCUGAGAGACGAGAACUCUAUAAGAAGAGGAGUCGAAGCGCUCCAGGGAAGAGCACUGGAAAAGGAAUGACAGAAGAAGAGUUCUUGGCAGAGCUAACACAAGAUUUCCCAGAAGAUGCAGUGGACAGAUAUGAGGAUGAGGAUGAUGAUGAUGAUGAGGAGGAGGAGGUAGAGGAUGAGUCUGAAGAAAGUGAGGAAGAGGAAGACCAAGAGAAACAAUCUCAGAACAGUGGUAGAAGGAGUCAAAGUAUGCACAGUACAGCAGAGAGGAGACUGGAUAUUGGCUCUAUGGUCAAUGCGCUACGGCAAGAAGGCAUGUCUGGACCCAUGUCAUGGGUACAGAAUUGUCUAAACAAAACGGCAAAUGAUCGUGAAAAAGAUGGAUUGUCCCAGCCUGUACCAUUGGUCCCUCUGGCUGAGGAGAAUGAGGACGCCAUGGAAAACAAAAGCUUCCAGAAACUGCUUCGCAAACUGGGAAUGCGACCCCCUGCAAAUGAACAGGAGUCCUUUUGGAGGAUCCCAGCAAAGCUCAGCCCGUCCCAGCUCCGCAGUGCAGCUGCAGCUCUGAAUCCAACUGAGGACAAACCUGCAGGUGUUGAGGAGCCAGAGGGACACGGUAGUCUAACAGGAGAUCCCCAGGAGGAGCAGGUCUCCAGCGACCAGAGAGCACAGGCUCUGAGAGCACUGCUGCUCAAACGGAAGCGAAAACACCACAUCACCGAGGACACAGCUCCAGUUGAAGAAACAUGUAAUACAGUAAAGAGCCCCGAAGAAAAGACUUCAGCCAAAAAAAGCAGAGUUUUGGAUGAUGAUGAUGAUGAUGAUGAUGAUGAUGAAGAGAAUGGGGAUGACUCAACUACUGUGAUGGCUAUGGAUACCAGUGGUGACAUAGAUUCAGACGGGGAGGAUAUCUCUGCUCCUGUAAAACGCAAACGGAAGAUGGUCCUAAUUGACGAAGAGGAUGAUGAGGAGUAGUGCUGACCAUUCAGUGUGGAAACUACUAAUGGGCAGCAUUAAUAUCUCUCAGGUGGACUAUAGUGAAGGCAGCUGGAGCGCUGUCAAAGGGGAAACCACACAAUCCAAAGAAAUAGUACAUCGAUCUGCUGCAAGGGAUUGUGGGAGAUAAAUCCUAUUAACAAUUCAUUGUUAGCUCUGUGCAUUGUUCUUUCUAUUCAGUUCCUUUAAUUAUCCAUCAUAUCUUAUUAUUAAUGCAGUUUUCUAAUCUAAUAAUUUUAGCUUUUAUCUGAAAAGCAGAAUUGUGUGAAUAUAUUCUUGUACUAAUCAGUGAUUUCUAAUGUUGAUUUUUGGAUUGUGGUGUAAAUUGAUUGUUUGUAAUUAAUAAAAAGCACU